AUGACACAAGUGAACGGGGAUGUCCCCACCCACCCGCUUAACUCCCUGUUCGUCGAGCAUCUUCUCACCUACCCCGUCGUCAAGGAUGGUGUGAGCACUUUCCAGAACAACCAACUCGGACAGAAGUCGAUCCAGCUCGGCGACACCGCAUACCGCCGCCUUGCCGAACCCGUUCUCCCUUACCUCUCCAAACCGUAUCAAUACGUCUCGCCUUACCUCGAGAAGGUGGACCAAUUGGGUGACCAGACCUUGUCGAAGGUUGACGAGAGGUUCCCCGUCAUCAAGAAGCCGACCGAGGAGCUCUACACGGACGCCAAGAACCUUGUCCUACUUCCUUAUAAUAAGAGCCUGGAAGGAAAGGACCAUGUACUAGGCGUUUAUUCUGCCGAGUGCAAGCGUCUCGGGGGUGAGAACUUGGUGACAUAUAGCAGGGCGCUUGUCGGCACUGUUUUUACUGUCGGCGGUGAGACAAUCGACUGGGUCGGCAGCUUCCUGGGUAGCAAGCGAGCCGAAGUGAAAGAACGGAUCAACGAAAAGGGCAACAACUAA